AUGUGUCCAUGUUCCAAUUCGCCGUGCAAAAACGGAGGAAUAUGUGAGGUCAAUGGAGAUUCUCACACCUGUUACUGUCCACAUCCUUUCACUGGAAGAAACUGCGAAAUUGAUCCCUGUUCGGAAAAUCCCUGCAAAAAUGAUGGAAUUUGCAAGAUUGUUGGCAGUACGUUUAGAUGUACGUGUAAAACACCUUACUUUGGACUAAGAUGUGAAAGGGAUAUCUGUUACAAUAAUCCAUGCAAAAAUGGAGGGAUAUGCAAAGCCGGUGAAUAUGGAUACAAGUGUUAUUGUUCGCCACCUUUUACAGGAAAAUAUUGCGAAAAAGGUCCUUGUUCUGGAAACCCUUGCAAAAACGGCGGGAUCUGUAAAGUAGAGGGAGAUUCCCACAGUUGUUUCUGCCGAUCCCCUUAUUCCGGAAAGUCAUGCGAAAUAAAUCCUUGUUCAGUGAAGCCGUGUAUGAAUAAUGGAACUUGUAUAAUUUACGGAGAGUCUUUUGAAUGUCGCUGCAAGAAGCCUUACUACGGUGAAAUUUGUCAGAAAGAUCCCUGCUUUUUAAAUCCUUGCCAAAAUAAUGGAACGUGUGAAAUAAAGGGAAAGUCUUUUACUUGUACUUGCAAAGAACCGUUCAUUGGAAGAUUGUGCAAUGAAACACCAACACCGUCAACGAUUCCGACAACCGAACAAGAAAGAACAACACUUGUAACAACUUCUAAACCAGAUAAAUGCGGAUGCACAAAUGGAUUUUGCGUUACAACAUCAAAUGGAGUGGAGUGCGUAUGUAAACCUGGAUUUGGAAAGAACCCUAAUGAAUAUUGUGAAGCCUGUCAUUGCGGUGAGCAGUUCAACUGCACAUUCGAAAAACGAUGGUUCGCUACUUACAAAACUUGUAUAUGUCCGAAAGGUUAUGAAGAAGUAAAUGGAAAAUGUGUUGAUGCUUGUUCAUCUAGUCCUUGCGAGAAUGGAGGGACUUGCAGACUUACCAAAGAUUCGUAUGUGUGUGACUGCCCCAAAGAAUUUACUGGAAAGCGGUGCCAAACUGAGAAGUGCAGUGCUGCUAACUGCAAGAACGGAAAGUGCGUAACAAGUGAAAAGGGCAAGACUAAAUGUGUGUGUAAUCCUGGAUUUGCAAAGCAUCCUGACGGAAAUUGCCAAGCUUGCAAGUGCGGUAAAGAAUUCAACUGCACUUUCGAAAACCAUUGGUUUGGAAUAAACAAAAGAUGCAUUUGUCCGAAGAAUUACGUAGAAGAAAGGGGAAAAUGUCGAGAGAGAUGCAACUGCGAAAAUGGAAAAUGUGUUAAGUCAGGAAACGAGUAUAAAUGUGUAUGCAACCCUGAUCAUGGAAUGUACUCGACUGGAGUUUGCAAAG